GCGCCUGUGCAGUGCCGGGAGGCCGGGCUCUGCCCGCCGCCGCGUUACACAACCGGCCGCCGACACCGGCCUCUCCCCCGAGUCCCGCCGCAGCGCGCCCGCAGCUCGCAUCGCCCGCCCCAUGCCGUGCGUCCCGCGGGCUGCGGCGCCCCGGGCCGGGCGGUGACCCCCGGAGCAGCGGGGGCAGCGCACCGGGACCGGGCAUGGCACUGAGAGCGACUCCGGAACGAGCAUCCUCCUCCCGGACGGAUUAAUUUUUCUCCAUCUCUAUUUACAUGGUGAUAAGAAGUGCUAAUCCCACUCCGUCAGUCUGGACUGAUGAAUCUGAGAAGUAGAGCAGAGCCCUGCGUUGUGUAAACGAACUGAUGGAUGAAGAUGAGAAGGACAGGGCAAAGAGGGCAUCACGCAACAAAUCUGAAAAGAAGAGGAGAGACCAGUUCAAUGUCCUCAUUAAAGAGCUCUGCACCAUGCUGCAGGGGCAUGGCCACCCUCUCAAGAUGGACAAAUCCACCAUACUGCAGAGGACCAUCGACUUCUUACAGAAACAAAAAGAAAUCACAGCACAGACAGAAGCCUGUGAGAUUAGACAAGACUGGAAGCCUUCAUUUCUUAGCAACGAGGAGUUCACCCAGUUGAUGUUAGAGGCAUUAGAUGGCUUCCUCAUCGCUCUUACCACUGAUGGGAUUAUUAUUUAUGUAUCCGAUAGUGUCUCAUCUCUGCUUGGGCACUUACCGUCAGAUUUGGUGGACCAAAACAUAUUAAACUUUCUGCCUGAGCGGGAGCAGAGCGAGGUGUACAAGCUCCUUUCUCCACGUGUGCUCAUGACAGAGCCCGUUGCAGCUGAUUUUCUGAACGUGGAAAAGCAAAUAGAGUUUUGCUGCCAUUUAGCGAGGGGCAGCUUAGAUCCAAAUGAACCUCUGACAUAUGAAUAUGUGAAAUUUGUAGUGGAUUUUAAAUAUUUUACUCAUGUGCCUACACCCUCCUGCAAUGGCUUUGAGUCAGCUAUUGCACGAGCUUUCAGGUCAGCCACGGAGGAGCAGAUUUGCCUCGUAGCGACAGUUCGUCUUGUCACACCACAGUUCUUAAAGGAGCUCUGCAAUGUUGAAGAGCCAUGCGAAGAAUUUACAUCGAGGCAUAGUUUGGAGUGGAAGUUCUUAUUCUUGGACCACAGGGCUCCGCCUAUUAUAGGAUACUUACCCUUUGAGGUGCUGGGAACAUCAGGGUAUGACUACUACCACGCCGAUGACCUGGAGCUUCUCGCUAGGUGCCAUGAACACUUGAUGCAAUUUGGAAAAGGCAAGUCGUGUUACUACCGGUUCCUGACCAAGGGCCAGCAGUGGAUCUGGCUCCAGACGCACUACUACAUCACUUACCACCAAUGGAAUUCCAAACCUGAGUUCAUUGUGUGCACUCACCUGGUAGUUAGUUAUGCAGAAGUCCGAGCUGAAAAAAGGCGAGAUCUUGGCCUUGAAGAGUCAUCAAUUGAACUGGCGUCGUCUUCAAUAAAGAGCCACGGCAGCUACCUAGAGGUGGGCCACUGUGGCAGCAGCCAAGAUGCCAGCCGGGAGGGAAUGUCGCUGUCAUCCCACAGCUCCCGCCGCUCCUCUCACACUGCACUCUCUGACUCUGCCUCCACCUCAUCCAUGCGACAUACCGAUACCAGCACUCCCACCCGGCCGGCGGUGCCAGAGAAGGCAGCCUUGAGGCUGGCGGCAACUGGAAGCGCUCAGGCCGUAGCAACGCCUCCAGCCACGGGUGAACACCUCCCUCAGCAGCCGGCGGUCCCCUCCCAGCAGGCUGUGAUGCCCGUGUACCACUUCCCAGCCCCUCUGGGCAUGAUGCACCAGCUGAAGGAGCAGCUGGAGGAGAGGACGCGCAUUCUGCAAGCAGACAUCAAAACGCAGCAGGAGGAGCUGCACGUCAUCAAGGAGCAGCUCCAGCUGGUGCAGGACUCCAACCUGCAGAUGCUGAUGCAGCAGCCAAUCCCACUGGUCUUCAACAACACGCAGCGCCAGAGCCCACGGAGAGCCCCGCCGCCAUCCCGGCAGCCCAGCACCAAGAAGGCCCCACAGCCGGGCCCCAUGGCCAAGCACUACAGGGCCCCCCCUGUGUCCACCCCGCGGCCGUUCCUCAGGGAACCCUGCAGCACUCCAUCCCAGGUACCGCAGCAGCAGCACCUAAUGCGAGGAAACCCGGCGCAGCCAACAUGUCUGCCAGGGCAGACGAGCAUUUCAGUGCCCCUCUACCACAACCCCACGGUGUUUUCGCAAGCGCAUCCCGUUACAGUGGCUGCACAGCUGCCAAGUGAUGUUAGCGAAAGGCAGAUGCAGUCUGACUACAGCCAGGACAGGAGCCUCAGGAUGCUGCUGGACCAGUCCAUCCAGGCCAUGGUACCUGCCGCCAAUGGCAGCACCCAGCCCACGCCGAGCAGCGCCAGCAGGCAGCCGGGGAAAUUCGUGGCAGAGCAGCAGCCCUUGCCUCCCAUUACACAGAUGCAGCCCAUCAGCAGCAGCACGGUGCGGCCCCCCACCCCCUCGCCCGUGUUCUCCCCAUCCGUGAUGCUCCCCCAUGGCAGCUUCGUGUCCCACCCCGGCAGCACCCCGCUGCACCUCCACCCCUGGCCGCAGCAGCAGGUUCAGCAGCACCGUCUGUACCUUCAGAUGCAAGGUGCUGAGGCGGUGCCUGGAGGUCCCAGCCCACGUGUGUUCCAGCCCCACCACCUCGCGCAGCAGAGCCCCCUGAGCUAUUUCCUGCACCCGCAGCCGCAGGGCCGCCAUGCCCAGGGCCAGCCCUGCAACCUGCCUGACCUGCCCGAGAUGCAGCUGCCCUGACCGACUUGCUCAGACCAGCAAGACCCCACCAGGGGACACCGCACAGAGUGGGAUUGCCAUGGGGCCCAGCUGAGGUCUCCUGUUGGCACCACCGCUCAAAAGAGCCCAUGGGCUGCGAGUCUCAGCCAGGCCUGCCCCAGAGGGAGCGCGCCGUCGAGCUGAAGAAGAGGAGGAUGCUCACCUGGGGCUCCUGCCCACCAGAGCCGCAAGACUUGGUGAGAAAGGUGUGCUUGGGGCAGGGGCCAGCGUGCUGCUGCAGAGCCGUGCCUGCCUGUGCCAGUGCUGGCUGCAGAUCUUUGACCUGAAGGGGACAGCAUCCAGCUGCAGGCAGGUUGGCUGAAGCCCCUGUGGGGAUGCCGGCACUGUAGACAAGCCCCAUCCGAUGAGGGCCGCGGUGCUGGAAUCACUGUGACGCCGAUCCCAGCGCUACAGCACACUGCAGGGUUCCCCUGUACAUAGCUCGUCUCGCUCAAUAGGUCCGUCGUGGAGUUUGUCCUUAUUUCUAUACCUCAACCCCACCGUUUUGUUUUCCAGGAGAUUGGGAUAAUGCUGCUAAUUUAUGUAACACCACUUUUGCCUGAAUUUCUUACUGUCGUUAAACCAGCUCACACCACAACCAGUAAGAUAUUCCUCAUCUUUUAUGUUGGUUAAGAAGAAGUGCAGAGAAAUUUAUAUGGUUUUUACUCCCUGUAGCCAAAUAUUUUUUCAGGUUACGUACAGAGAAUCUUUACUCUUUUCUCCUCCGUCAUCCUGUUCUGAUCCAGGUGGAUGUUGUUGUGUAUGUAUCUUUCUUAACAUGAAAACACAUACAGUAGAACACCACAUGGCAGCAAACUUUGCUUGGUCAGAUUUCAGUCUGACAGACCCGAAACGUAUCCUCACAGCGACACAGGCCGUGUUAACGAGCUCGCAGGGUCAGCAAUAAAUUGUAUUUUUGUAAAUUGCCACUUUUUAAACUAUACGUUUAUAUUUAUGAAUCGAAAACGAGUCUUUCCUCAGUGGGUGUAUAGCUGUGUCCCUACUGUUUGUAUCUUUCCAAAGGAAAAAGGAACUUGUACAUUUCUGAGGCGCUGAGGGCUUAACCCUGGGCACUGCUGGAGCCCAAACACAGAUGUCGGCAUAGGCUGUUGCUUUCAGCUUUGCAGGUAGGAGGGGAGCAAAACGUGCACGCACAGAGGCACACACUUACACCACAGAUACACUAUUGCAGCCUCUCAGAAGGGAGCAGGAGAGAUUUGAAGGGAUGUUUACAUGUGAGAUUGGCCUUGCUGAAACAAGCAUCCUAAAACAUGCACUUUAUCACACCCCCCUUUAUUUCCGCUAGCACAGCCUCUCAUGGGCCCGGUGCCACCCGGGCAGAGCUGUGUGUGCCAUGGGGCAAAGUCCCAGAGCUCCUGCUCAGCCUGCCUCCAACGAGGCAUAGUAGGCUCAGGGCCAUGGGAUUUUUGCCUUAGUUAUCACUCAUGCUCAAAGAAUUAAUGUCUAAACGAAUCUCUUUAUUCAGGUGAAUUCCUAUCCAUUUACCUCGGUGAUAGCUACGACCUGUGUUUUUGGGAUCCCUUUGGAAUUGAGGGUUGCUGGUGGGCUUGGUUCCCCCCAGGUGCUGAUGAGAGAAGCAUGAGCGGUGCUGCCUGCACCAGGGGUUGGGCUCCAGCGCUCAAUGACAUCCUGAGGCUUUCUAGCACACAAGCACCUAUGUGCUAGCUCUCUCUCCCUUCAUAUAUAGAUAUACAGGUGUGUGUGUUUUUAAUAUACAUAUAUAUGUAUGUGUGUAUCUAUUAUCAACAGGCCACACAAUUCCAGACCUCUGAAAACACAGGCAGCUUUAAUUAAUAAAGUCUUGCACUUUUAGCGUACUUGUACAUAUAAGCUAAAGCCUGGUGGGUACAGAUCAGGCUGCUUUGACAAACACAGUGAAAAAUUGACUGUAUAUAUUGUAACAUACGCUGUGUAAAAGAAGAAGAAGAAUCUUAGAAGCGACUAUAAAUCUUGGUUUAUUUUAUAUGAUGUCAAAUAUAGAGACAUUUAUAAAUGUUAUUAUUCUUAAAAGUAUUUUGUAAUGGGAACAAAGGAAGUGUCUUAUGAAGAUGAAGAGUAAAGAUUUUAUUCUUGUCUCGAAUCUGUGUCGCUGCACAGCUCCGUUGGACGGGAACCUGUGCGUUGGGAAUAGCUUUAAGCAGAUCAUACGUGGUAUUUUCCAAAAAAAAACCAAAAAAACAAAAAAAAAAUAAUUAAAAAAACAAACAAAAAAAAGAACAAAGAAAGAAAGGAAGAAAGAAAGAGAAAGAAAUAAAAACAUACCUGUAACACCUCGUACACAGUCGUGCUGUGGUUUUUCCCAGGCACUGUGGGUCAGCUGGAGGGCCCAGCAUGGAAGCACAUUUGCAUUGCAUGCAAGGCUGAACUGAUCUCAGUCUGCAAAACCUGGGUCCCCUCUUUUCUUCACCUUUAGGGGAGCUUGAAGGCCUAGUGUGGUUCUUCUAUGGCUCAGUCCUUGCUAAGAAUGCCUUUAACGCAACUGACGCCCUUGAAUAAACACCUGAAGCAGCCCAUCGCGGCAAAGAACAGUGCUUCAAACACAGAACAUUUUUUCUUAAAUGAAACAUAUUUUAUUGAACACUCCAUUUGUCUUACAGUACUUCUACAUACAGCACGCUGUAUAAAAAGCCAACCUGCCAACACAGAUGUGUUGCCUUCUUGGUAAAGUGA